AUGUCGCUGGAUACCGCGCAGGUACCCGAUUCCGGAGUGGACUACCUGACAACCAACUACCCAUCAGCCAUAUCCCGAACUUCAUCCCUCCCGUCGUCCACCUCGGGAAGCACGAAUUUGCGCCAUCUUUCGUUCUCGGGGAGUGCAGCCGGUGCUGGAAAGGAGUUUCUGCAGAGUUUUAUUCUGCCAGACCUUAAAGCUGUUGACUUUCUAAGAUGCGAAUUUCCGCCUGGUUUGGCUGUGUUUGACCGCGUUGUUCUUUCAGGUUACGAGAUAUAUAUAGUGGAACAAUGGGCUUUGGACCGAAAAGUGGGUACUGUCAUUACGACGUAUACGGGAGAUCCCAAUGACGAGGUUUCGGCUUAUGCGGUAGUGCUUACGCGCGACGAGUCGGAGUGGCCGCUCAGUUUUCGCUCGUACUUGAGCGAAUUGUUGGACUCUGCCUAUGCCAGGCUCAACAACACAGACUCAGGCUCGAUCUUUAUUACCAAUCUGGGUCAGCUGACCGAUUUGAGUUUGAUCCCCGUCCCAAACGGUAACAUAGAUGAGGUUUGGGAGCUGUUCUUAGUGAACGAGAACCUCAAACGAUUCGGUUGUGGGAGUAGAUCUGCCCUGAUGCUGGCGAGUCCGAGCAAAGCCGCCGAAGACAAGUUCCGCCAGAUGUUCCGGGUGCACUCGUCUGUGGCCAUCAACUAUGCCUCGGUAGAACUGGUGAUGAUCCUCCAGGUGUUUCUGUACUAUUUCGAUCUGCUAAAUCCCAUCUAUGGUGAUGGAUUGCUGUGCAACAAGACUGUUGAUGCCAUUGACGCAUGGAGGAACUUGUAUGGUUCGCGGUAUUUGAAGCCGUCGUUCAAAAGGACUGACUGUCUCAGUCCAGCCACUGUGGCAGGGAUUAUCGGGAUGGUUCUGGUAAUUCGCGCACGGUUAGAUGAGGUUGGAAACAACGUGGUUGCGCCAAAAGAUCCACUCAACACUGAAAAGUUCCGUCUUGCCGUUGGUCAGUUCCAGCGAUAUGCCAAUAGGUUGUACAGCUCGAUGCCGGUAUACACCGCACCCAGUCUCGGGCUUGUCACUUCUCCAGGCCACGAGAGAGACGCUCUUCCGGUGGUCCUGAAGCUGAACGCUGCAACGAUUGAUCGGCUUGUCGAAGCGACCCUUCCCAAGAACCAAACUUUGAAGAAUGAUUUGCUGAAGGUGAAACGUAUGUUCAAGAACACUGUUUCGGAUCUGAGCUCAGGAAAGACCCUCCAAACUCUCAACAUCGCCAGUCCCGUGAUUGGAUCCGCAGAAGGAGGUCAAUUGGGACUAACUUUUGACGAAGAUUGUCUAGAUCUGGACUACGUUCUGCAGUAUAUCCAUGGAAAGAGGAUGAUGUACUUGUGGAAGGGCAAAGGCAGUGCUGUUGAUCUGGACAGUGUUCGUGUUUCGAGCCUUACCCUCAAGGAGAUCAGCAAGACGGUCCAUGUUCGUGCAAGAGCCGAUGUUACAACAUCGCCAGAUAACUCUGAGUUAUUUCACAACAAUAUGAUGCCCACCAUGAGCUCCCUGGUGGAUGCUGGUGACAGGCUACAGCAUGCACUGCGCAGUGAAAGUAUGACGAAUGGCACCAAACCUAGUGGUCUUCUCCCCAAUGGAAUGGUUUCGAAGAAGAACGGGUCCAGAAGCCGCAGUGAUUCGGUUCAAAUCACGAAACAGAAGUCUAACACUAUUAUCGAUAGGGGUAGCUUCACGGAUUUGAGUACGAACGGAGACUAUCCGAGCAGUUAUAACGGGCCGGUGGGGCAGAUUGGACUGAAAGCUGCACGGCAGGAAGGUGUGGAUGCGGCUUUCUAUUCUCGCCUGAACAGGCGGUUUUCCUUUCCGUUGGCUCCAGAGGAUUUGAGCUUGCCUACUAUUGGUAAUCGUGAUUAUGCCAAAGACGAGACAAACCUGUCUGGAACGCCAUUUUUCACUCCUCGCAACGAACUCAGUAGUUAUACUGUCCCUGCCACUUCGAGAGCCUCUAAGCUGCGCAGAUCGAAGAGUUUCUCGCUGGUUGAAGGUGCUCUUCUAACUUGGCAGUAUCCGUUCCUACCGUCGCCGGAGUGGCUUGCCAAGAGAUAUCUGGUUGUGAAGGCUGAGUACGAAGAUGAGUUUCUCCGGAGCGACUACCAAUUCAGAGAGACUUGGAAACGUAUUCAGGCAUGCACCAGGUCCACCAUAGCCAACAACCCGCUGAAGCAGGUUUCGUUGAAUCAUGUUGUUUCUUCGAAGCAUCUGGAAGACAUGCGUGAGUCCGUUCGCACAUCCCAGCAUCUUCUGGAAGCCAAAGCCGCUGACAUCGAGCUUCUGAACUCGCGUCUCAAGUACGAACUCCGUUUGCUUACGCUGAAGGUGAAGGAUGUGGAGCAGAAUCUGAUGCAACUGCGGAACUUCAAGAUGAAGGAUCUUAUCGAGUCCAUGCGUUACUAUGAAGCCAAAUAUAUGGGGCCAGAGGCGAUGGAGUUGCAGGUUCCGCUGGAAACCAGAGUCAAGUCCGUUGGAUCGGACGAUAAUCCAGUUACGGCCUUUUUGCUGUAUAUCUACGCAUAUAUAUUAUGUGCCAUCGGUAACAUAUGGUUCCGAAUUGUCCCCAAAGUCAAUGCAAAUAAGAUCAAGUCGCGUUGGGAAAAGGUGGAUCCAAAUGGAAGGUUGGCUGAGUAUUUUGCGAAGCUAAAUCAGAGGGUUUCCAAGGCAGGAGCCAGUACUUAUGUGGCAUGUCCAGCAGUGUUGCCCCGAGGCACCGGUGAAGAUUGCUCAUUGGUUUUGGAAGAGGUACAAGAAAACGGCAAGCAUGGAAAAGAAGAGGCAGAACAGGAAAGCGAUAGAAAGCAUGCACUUUAA